AUGUCGGCCCCGAGAACGAAACGUCUCUUCGCUGGCGCAUCAAGCGACCCCUCCCAGCGCCAAAUCACCUCCUUCUUCAACACUCGAUCCGGCCCAGCUCCUUCUCCGGCCGGUCCCUCGCCCAACGUUCAAGAAACCAUCCCCUUGGACACACAAUCCAACCUCCUCUCCGUCGGCAUGCGCGUCCGCAAGUCCGUGCCAGAGGGCUACAAGACGGGCUCCUACAGCAGCUUCAAGUUGUGGACCGACGCCACGGACCGCCGCACCCCCGUCGUCCGGUCAACCACCACCACCUCUACCAACCGCAACCGCAGCGCCGCCGCCUCCCAGCGCGAACUCCUGCCCUUCUGCGGCAUCAACAAGGUCGGAGGCCUAUCCAGCCAGCCGGUCCACCACUCCAGCGACGAGGACGACUACGAACUCGAUGACGGCAGCGUGCCUGGGCUGGACGAUAUGCCGGGCCUGUGCAGCUCCCAAGAGAGCGUGGAAAGUGUCGAGAGCACGGCCAGCGACGGACGGAGCAAGAAGCGUUUCUUCGCCCACGACGAGGAGAGCGACGAGCCGGUGCAGAUGUGGGCGGACCGCGCGGCGUGGUUGGAGGGCGAGGUGAGCCCGCGGAGCCUGGCCCCGUCUGGGUGGGCAAAUGCUCGCCCGUUGGCUGUCCCGAGGAAGAGCCGUCGGAAUAUGAAGACUAGACUGGGGCAGGAGAAUGUUGUCGUGGAUGAUUUCGAGGACGCGGAUUUCCUCGUCACGCCUGACACUGAUAUGAGUGAUGCAUAG